UUCCGCGAGGCGCAGAGCGGACGCACACCGCGCACAUUCGGCGUCCGCGGGCACGGCGAGGUGCGCCCUGCGCCGUCUCGGUGGUGUUUGCGAGUGUCGCUCGAGUUCGGUCCGUCGUCGUUUUCGACGUCGUUGAGCUAGAGAGAGAGAGAGAGAGAAAGAGAGAGUCCAUCCCCUCGGCUGCCUCCCUCGGGAUGCCGUUCAUAUCCAAGGACUGGCGCAGCCCGGGCGAGGAAUGGGUGAAGACGGUCGAGGGCUGGGAGAAGAAGAAGAUCCUUGAGUGCGCCAACAACAAAACCCUCUCGCUUCUCCUACGUGGCGAAAAAGAUGCCGGCGACAAGAAGGAGAAGGACAAGAAGAAAGAAAACGCCGUCCAACCACACUGUCACAUCACGCUGAAGUGUACACGCGAGAUCGCCGGCUUCAAUGGGCUGAGCGACGCCCUGAAGAGGCUGGAUUUCCUAUCCGCGGUGCACGACUGCCGUCGAUUCAAUUACAUAGUCCGUCUCCUGGAUCUCCUGGUCAGUCACAGGAUGGGCGGCCUCAGCGGUUGCGCUCAGAGAGUGCUUUUCAAUAUGCUCGAGGAAGUCGCUCUGGAAGUGUCACUGUCGCAACAGCAGACGGGAAGACUCCGACGUCUUAUAGAGAGAGUUCGGGCCUUCAGCGCUGGCUGCUGCUGGGGCGGUAGACCUUUGGGCUCCGUUAUCCUCUGGGAGAAGCAUAAAGCGGCACUGGAGAGAAUCCUGCAGAUCGCCUCGUCAAUCACCAUCACCCAGCCGGACGAGGAGCAGCAGCCCCAGUGGUCGGACCUGCCGCCCGAGUGCCGUCGGGAGAUCCUCUUACGCCUGAGCGAUCCUCGGGACAUCGAGGCCUCGUCCGAGGCGUGCGAACAUCUUGCCGUUCUGGCGCAGGAGCAGCGAAUCUGGCGCGAGCUCGCCCAGUAUCAUUUCACGCCGCAGCAAAUUGCCACCACCAGACAGAAUAAUCCGGGGAAAGACUGGAAAGCCAUAUUCACCAUCGCUCGGAGGUCGUUCGGAUUACGGGAGGAGUACGCCGAAAUGAUACAGCUGUGCCGCAAUUGCCGUUGCCUGUUCUGGCGGUCCCUGGGCCAUCCGUGCAUCGCCGAUCAGGACCCGGCGUUUCAGGAGAAGCUGGCGGACGUCGACCAGGCGUCGCUCCACGUGCCGAUCCCUCCGCAGACCUUCCUGAAAUUUUUCUCGCUGUGAAAGCUUUCGCGACGCGUACCGCGUAUCGUGAGAGCGCGCGUAAGGAUGCGUGGUGUGUAAACGUGCGGGGGGAAAAAAGAGCGGCGACGCGUAACCGCCGCUGUUGCGAAUGAUUGUUUUAAUCUCGACGAAUGCUGCGUGCGUGUGGGGAGAAUAUAAUAGAAUUUAAAGAUGUUGCCGCUGCACUUAGAGAGACUUUAAAGGCGUUACCUUCUGAAAAGUAUAUACAUAUAUAUAUAUAUUUAACUCGAGAUACAUUCUCUCUCUGUUCUCUCAAUAUACCGUAUGAACCUGAAAGGGAUUAGAUAUCGGUGCUUAGGGAUACGUCCUUUGUGGAAAUUCGACGCCGACCUUAAAACGAAUAUUCCGGAGGCCUACUCAUAUCCGACGAAACGAGCUUGAAAUACACUUAAGAGCCUCAAAAGCCGCCCAGGAAAACACAAAGACACGUGCCUGCCACAAAACGCCACCCGAUGCGCGGAUCACUAACUUCUCAAGUGCUAACUUCUAAUUGCUUCAUAAAUGCAACAACUCGAGUUUCGUUCGGCGGAAAAGCCGAUUCCGAGCUCUUUCUCUGGCCGUGAUAUUAAGUGAUAUUCCCUGACUGAUUUCCACCUCAUCAGGCUCAUUCUGUAUCUUGAUCGAGUGCAAUUGGUAAUUUUUUCUUUUUUCUGGUCAACGGGAUCUCCCGUGUAACACGAGAUCCCUGGAUCUGGUUUCCUUUGCUUCGAGAUUCCUGUGGCGUGGAUACGUUCGCGCAAGGAAAGGCACAAAAGUAAUCCUUCUUUGAUUUUGGUGAGCUUUUAACAUGUUUUGUAUUCGAGAUAUGGGACACGUAUUUUUUUUUCUAUACGUGUCCAUACUUUUAAGAGGUGAAACACUCCUGUGAAACAAAAUUGAUUAUUUUCUUUCGAAGCGAAUAUACUUUGAAACUGUUAAAGAUGGAAAAAAUAUUUUCAAUAAAAAAGUCGAAUGGUUUCAAGAGUACUUUAUAAUAAUAAUACAGAAUUUCUUUUUGAAUUUGUAAAAAUCUCUUUUUGGGCAAAAAGAUUUAAAAAGAAUUCUUUUUCGUCAUAAAGUACUCUUGAAACGAACUUUAUUUAAACUUCAACUUUUUCAAAAAUGUUUAAAAAAUCUUUUAUAACUUAGACGAUAUUCGCUUCGAAAGAGAAUAACGGAUUUUCUUUUAAAGGGAUGUUUCACCCCCUAAAAGUGAGCACAUAGAGAAAAAUAACAUGUUUUAAUCUCGAAUACAAUAUAUUAAAAGUAUAAAAUCGAAGGGGGAGACACUUCCGGCCUUUCCCAGCAAGAAUGAUAAAGAAAAGGAUAUUUCCAUUAUCCUUCGAGUUACGGUUGUAGAAUAGAUACUAGUCGUGUAACGAUGUUAUUUGCGGUGAAAAGGAAAAAGAGAAAAAAAAAGUCGUCGCGCGCCCGUUCAGAAAGAUCGCAAGGAUGAUUACAAUCGAUUUACACCGGCAUGCUGUCGGUAUUAUUCCAAGUCGACAAAUGACUACGUGUGAUUAUGCGGUAGCACCCCUCGAGGUAUCGUCUUCGCUGAUAAUAGUAUCAGUCUUCGCAGAUUCGUUAAAAAAACGCUGACGCGAAAUCUCGAGGCAGAUUCGGCAUUUUGCAGCGAGAGCCACUUCUUUCGUUACCUGGAACGAGCUCGAUUCUAAUUUAAAAGAGGCGAGGAGGGGGGGGGGGAAGAGAAGGGAAUUUUUAAUUUGCUAUCGCUCGCGAUGAAAGCGCUCUAGAUGUCAAAUUACUUUUUUCGUAUACGAUCUCAACGAAGACAAUCGAGGAUUAUCCUCAUCUUCCGUCAUUACAGAGGUCAUUUCGCCGACGGUUAAGACGGAUGCGACGCGUGGAGAAGUAAAGGGAUAAAAUAGAAAGGGUCGUUUGUACCGCUUGAAGCAUUUUUAAAAUGCGACGCGUAUACUUCUCGGUGCAAUAGAGAAACGCCGUUUCUCAAGACGCUGUUUUUUUUUUUCCUAGCGUAUUUCCAACGCUCUUCGCGGCUCCGUCGCAUUUCGUAUUUGCAUUUGGAUCAACUGUGACAAUUGCUGAAUUCUCUGCAUUUGUGUAUUAUAGUUUUACUCUCUCUCCAACUGGGGCGGAACGUAUAUAUAUAUAAGUACGUUCCAUAUAUCUCACGCCGAAAGACGUGUGUGUUGCGCGUCGACUUUAAUUCAUAAACGCGAAGGCUGCUGUCUUUUAUGUGCAAUAUUUUUCUAUUCUCUACUUCUACUUUUACUUCGCGGCGACGUAACGAGAUACACAAGUUCCCUCGGUCCAAUCUCCGUCGCGGGAGGGGAGGCUUCUCUGCGUCGAAGCUGCGCGUUGCUUAUAAUUGCGAGUUUCCACGGGGAGGGGGACAGCUCGACCGGGUCGUCCGACGAGCGUUGCGUCGACGAGCGUGUAUACAUUAGCUAAAACUGUACAAAGUACAAAAAACGUGAACCAUCAAUUAUAUAUAUACAUAUAUUGCGCGGGGAAAACAGACGCGGACGGCGCGGGCACCUGCGCGCGGGGUGGUCCUGGCCGUCGCCUAUACAGGGUGAAUCGUAGGCUGAAGCAAUACCAGAGAGAUGACAGCUGGCGUGCGCCUGAAACUUUCGGUGUUCCGUAUGUUCGUUUUUAUUGCGAGGUCCUACAUUUUUGCAUUAUUAUAAAUAUAAAUAUAUACUUAUCGCGCCCGCGCGUGCUCGUGUAUACGUUCACAUUCGUUCGAGCUGUGUGUUAAAAUUAAGCCGCGCGCCGACGGGAUUUCCGAGGAAGACCUAAGUUACGAUACAUAAUUAUUAAUUAAUAUAUAUAUAUAUAAAUGUGUAUAAUAUUUAAUAAGCGAAAAGGGAAAACAGAAAUUGCACUGCUGUACCUAAAUCGGAUAAUGAAAAAUCAUACUGCCAAUCGUAAAGCCGCGCGGAUGCUAUUGCAUUUACACAAGAGCGAGAGAGAAAGAGAAAAGAGAGAGACAUUUACGACGUUUGUGCAAAACCUUUUUCCGCGUAGCGAUCGACGAGACGUUUUUUUUUUUAUAUUCGCCGUUUUAUUAUUACGUAUAGCCGAAACUCUUGCAAAUCGCUGCAUGACUUAAGAGACGUAUACUAACCUAGUCACUGUGUUAUAAAGGGACGAAAAAUCGCGCGUCGGUCGAGCGCGACUCGCUGGAAGGGACAACUAUGUGUGGCGACGAGCUCCGAGAGAGAGAGAGAGAGAGACGAGAAUCAUCUGUGGCAGCUCAUACUGUGUAUGUACAUUAAUAAUUCAACGAACUUGGUCUCUGUAAGGUAUAUGUAUAUAUAAAUAAUAUAUGACUAUAUCGAGGCGGAUCUUGCGACCGGGGAUUAUUUUACUUACGUAAGCCAGAUGUGUAGAGCAGUGUUGUGCAAAAUAUGCUUCAAAAUAAACUUUAUUUAAAUAUA